UUGACAAAAUAUUCUAUCAUCAGGCCCGGAGCUAAUCAGCCUAAAUUUCAACAAUCCGACCCGCCUCAACUUCAACAAGAUAAGGAGCCGCCCUCACAACUCGAGAGAGUCCAUUGUUCAAGCUGGCCACUCGAGUCAUGGUCCAGAUCAGCCUGGUCCACCGCAAGCCUCCUUGCGUUGGCUGGCCAGCUUUUUAGUCAAAUCGGGCAGAUACGUAAGGAGGCACGAGAACUUCUUGUUCAGUAUGAUGCUGAACAACAAAUAUUCUUUCGUCUGUUGCAAGAUGAGCUGAAGACUAAGAGACGCAAGCGCGUCCUCAAUGGGCGUAACACGUUGGAUGAUCUUUUUGAGGCAUCGAGUAACGAGCCUAGCCAAGACCCACCCCUUCUUUUCGUUUAUGGGCCUGCUAUUACAUUAUCAUUGGCCUUCUCUCGUCUCCAAGCGUCUUACCUUGCAGGACAACCAACUAAAGAUCGACCUGGAUUCCAUUUUUAUCCGCCUGUAUGGUCAAGUCUUCUUUGGGGUUUUGAAGGAGGCGAAGUGGAAAUCGAAGAGCAAGUAAAUACGAGUAAAAACACGGAAGCAGAAUCGGCAAAUCAAGUUUCAAGUGAAGCGAGUCCAGUUAAAGGACUGAUGAGCAACAGCAGGUCACAAUUACUCAGUUCCGCCGUAAUGGGCCUCCAGAUGCUGUUGCUUUCUCUGUCGCCACAGUUCAUCGUUUUCUCAAAAGACCCCCUUGCGGCAAGCCUUCCACCAGACGAAGUCAUACGAUCCGACCCAUUUUUUUUCAGUCAACUGCGGCUGGUUGAACCUUUACUCCCUGCCGUAACUUCGAGCCACUCAAAUCCCAGCUCUGGAUAUCGUAUGCCCUUCAAUGUAGAGCAUAAAUCAACCACUAUUUUGACGGGCGACAUUCACUCGCCUUCAACUGCAUCAAAAGAGACCUCUCUGGCUGCAGAACAACUUUGCCGUCUCUUCUUCAAUUCCGCCCUCUUAGACAAAGAUCCCCAAGUCCGCCAGAGCUCACGUAGAGCACUGUUCAGUUUGCAGCCAUUGGUGAAGGAGCGAUUCUUGCAAAUCGAAGCAAGAUUAUCUUAUUCUUUUGAUAAGUUCUAG